GUGCGUGAUUAUGCGCAAAAAAUUGAAAGAGUCGAGGACGAGCUAAAAGCUCUUCAAGAAAGUGCAGCCACUACAGAUCAAGUAAAAGAGUUGAGGAGUGAAGAUGGACUUGAUCAACAGAAUCUUGAAUUAAAAGCUGUGGUAUGGAAUCUUGAGCAAGAUGUUCAUUCUUUAGUGAAUGGUAAUCAAAAACGUG